AUGACAAUAAAAGUGGGGAAAAGAUCAGUCUUAGCAAGCAGCAUCUAUAGGAUAAGCUGUUCUGGAUUUAUUUUGCUUUCUUUGUUCACAAGACCUUGUGCCUUUGGUCUUCGGUCUGAACCUGCUCCUGUUCAAAGCCGUGAUCUCUUUUGCUGUUUGUUUAUCAGACUGUUGGAGAAGUUGAAGUCGGUAUACUCAAAAUUGGAAGUCCUACCACCUGAUCGAAUUGUUCCAACUGUGGGACUUAAUAUUGGUCAGAUUGAAGUGUCAAAUACGAAACUUGUGUUUUGGGACCUAGGAGGCCAGCCUGGCCUUCGAUCAAUUUGGGAAAAAUACUAUGAAGAGGCACACGCUGUUAUUUUUGUAAUUGAUUCUGCUUGCCCUCCCCGUUUCGAAGACUCAAAAUCUGCACUUGAGAAAGUGCUUUGGCACGAAGAUCUUAAGGGAGCCCCUAUCUUGAUAUUAGCAAACAAGCAGGAUCUCUCUGAAGCUUUAUCAGCUGAAGAACUUGCCCGAUACCUAGAUCUUAAAAAGUUGGAUGAAAGGGUAUACAUGUAUGAGGCUGCUUCUGCUUUUGAUGGGAUGGGGAUUAAAGAAGGUGUGAGUGGUUGGUGGAGAUAAUGGAGAGAAGCAAGAGAACGUAAACUUUGAGAAUGCGUGCAGGCGUGACUGGUCAGAAUUAGAGCUUUCAAAGGCGUUUGGAGGGAAG